AUGUCGUCGCUCGCCCGCCUUGCUCCUGGUCAAACCCUUGCAGGCGCCCGCUGGGACUAUCGCAUUGUCAACGCUAUCAAGGGAGAUAACUCUCACCAAUCUACCGUGUACAAAGCCGAGGUUCAUCCACGCACCGACGUCUCCGAUUCCCCCAAUGUAAUCAAAACAGCUUCUUCUAAAAAUGAAAGCGCCAUGAGCGCUUUAGGCCGCAAAUGUGCAACUUACCGCCUACCUGGCGUCUCCUCGGCUCCGUGCUUCCGGAAACUGUACGAUGAGAUUGACGAUUGCACUCUUGCUUGUGAAUGGCUAGAGACUACUCUUGGGGAUUUGAGAUACCGGCCUGAAAUGCGUAUAUACGCUAUCAUAAAGGCAUGCUUGAACGCAGCUCUGGCCAGUUGUGUUGUCCUAGAUGACCAAGGAUACGUAAAUACAGACUUCAAGCCUGUCAAUAUACUGCUUUCUGGCAAUGAAACGAUUCGGAUAACGGCUGAGGUGGGAGACUUGGGUCUCGUAUAUCCCUCCGACAGUGUCAUCGAAGUCCAACCAUACGCCAUGCGUGCGCCUGAAGUCUUUCUAGGUCAUUCCUGCAAUGGACCCGGGCCGGUUUGGGCAGUAGCCGCGACGCUGCUUUGCUGGAUUAAUCCUCGUGUCUGGGGCAUUUGGGAUUGUCCUCAUCCUGUCCUUAAUGAGGCCUGGUGCAUGGCAAAGAUCAAGCGACUCUUUCCUGAUUGGGAACUACCGGCUCCUGGAGGUCGAUGGCGGACUUCUCCAAGCUCUAGUGAGGUCUGCCAGGUGUAUGAGUCAAGAGGAGGAACCCAUGUUAGCGAUCUCGUCUGUCGAGGAAGAGACGCAAAAAGCGGAGGUGCCGCAGCAGCUGGGGGACCUCCUUAG